GCCCCAGAACCACCUCUGGACCAGGACCAGAACCGGGACCCGGACCAGAGAACUCAGUGAAGGAUCAGUUUGAUGGGACUGCAGCUGACAGACACAUGCCUCUGAGUCCGGCUGCCGACACCAAACAUGAUCGCCCAAGGCAACAGGCGGUUACUAACGGCAACCCGACAGGCUCUGCUGUUGCCAGGGACGACGACGUGGACGACACGCCCCCUGGAAACAGCAUCGUGGUCCGGAUCGGCAUCCCGGACCUGCAGCAGACGAAGUGUUUGCGGUUGGACCCAGAGUUACCCGUUUGGACCAGUAAGCAGAGGGUUCUGGUGACGUUGACUCAGUCUCUGUCGGAUGUUUUGAACUAUGGUCUCUUCCAGCCGGCGUUCAACGGCCGAGCCGGAAAGUUUCUGGAUGAGGAGCGUCUGCUGAAGGAAUACCCUCUGCCCCCCAUCACCCCCAUCCCUUAUCUGGAGUUUCGUUAUAAAAGAAGAGUUUAUACUCAAAGUUAUGUAGAUGACAAGCAGCUGGCAAAGCUGCACACUAAGGCCAAUCUGAAACGUUUUAUGGAACAUGUUCACCAAAAGAAUGUAGAGAAAGUAUCCAAAUGGCUGGAAAAAGGUCUCGAUCCCAACUUCCACGAUUCAGACAGCGGAGAAUGCCCUCUGACCCUGGCCGUGCAGCUGGAGGAGAGCGAGGAGCUCAUCAAGGUGCUCCGGAGCGGCGGCGCUCACCUGGACUUCCGCACCAGAGAUGGGAUCACGGCUCUGCACCGAGCCGUGCUCUGCAGGAACAGCGCCGCCCUCACGACGCUGCUCGACCUCGGCGCGUCUCCGGACUACAAAGACAGCCGAGGCCUGACGCCGCUCUACCACUCGGCCAUGGUGGGCGGCGCCCCCUACUGCUGCGAGCUGCUGCUGCAGGACCACGCCACCAUCGGGAUGACUGAUGAGAACGGGUGGCAGGAAAUUCACCAGGCGUGUCGCUAUGGCAACGUGCAGCACUUGGAGCACCUGCUGUUCUAUGGCGCCGACAUGAGUUCCCAGAAUGCAUCAGGAAACACCGCACUGCACCUCUGUGCUCUCUACAAUCAGGACAGCUGUGCUCGAGUGUUGCUGUUCAGAGGAGCCAACAAGGACAUCAAGAACUACAACAACCAGACGGCCUUCCAGGUCGCAAUCAUCGCUGGAAACUUUGAUUUGGCAGAAAUCAUCAAGAUUCAUAAAAUGUCUGACGUCGUUCCCUUCAGAGAAACUCCCUCCUACACGAAGCGCCGCCGAGCCGGCGUGACGCGCUCGGCGGCGGGGAACGGCCUGGCGUCUCCUCGCUCCCUGAUUCGCUCGGCCAGCGACAACGCCCUGGAAAGCCCCGCCUCUUCACCCGGCCCCUCCCUCCAGAGCCUGGAGACGCACCACGACACGCACACGCACUCACUGCGACGUCACACGCGACGCCUCAGUCCGAGCGGCGGCGCCCACGUGGAGACCAGCCCUCCGUCCUCGCCGCCGCUGACCCCUCAGAUGAGGAAGAGGAGGCUGUACAGCGCCGUGCCGGGACGCACCUUCAUCGCCACCCGGUCCCACGUCCCCCAGGGCCCCGGGGAGAUCCAGCUGCACCGCGGAGAGCGGGUCAAAGUGUUGUCGAUCGGCGAGGGAGGAUUCUGGGAGGGCAGCGUGAAAGGCCGGACCGGCUGGUUCCCCGCCGACUGCGUGGAGGAGGUGCAGAUGCGGCAGUACGACCCCCGACUCGAGACGAGGGAGGACCGCACCAAGAGGCUGUUCAGACACUACACCGUGGGGUCGUACGACAACUACACCUCCUACAGCGACUACGUGAUCGAGGAGAAGACGGCGGUGCUGCAGAAGAGGGAGAGCGAAGGAUUCGGCUUCGUCCUCAGAGGAGCUAAAGCCGAGACCCCCAUCGAGGAAUUCGCCCCGACGCCGGCGUUUCCCGCCCUCCAGUACCUGGAGUCGGUGGAUCAGGGGGGCGUGGCCUGGAGGGCGGGGCUGCGGACCGGAGACUUCCUCAUCGAGGUGAACGGCAGCGACGUGGUGAAGGUGGGGCACCGGCAGGUGGUCUCUCUGAUCCGCCAGGGGGGAAGCCGCCUGCUGAUGAAGGUCGUGUCCGUUUCCCGCAAAUCUGAAUCCAACCUGAUCAGGAAGAAAGCCCCGCCCCCUCCAAAGCGAGCGCCCAGCACAUCAUUGACUCUCCGGUCCAAAUCCAUGACGGCCGACCUGGAGGAGAUAGCCAGGAGGAGGCGCUUCGAGAAGCUGGAUGAGAUGUUAGCCGGAGGUCAGCAGGAGGUGGUCCUGAGGGGCCGCCCGACAGACGACUUCAGGGCGGCGACGGUCAAACAGCGACCGACCAGCCGGCGCAUCACACAGGCCGAGAUCAACUCGCUAUUCGAGCGUCAGGGACUGGUGCCUCCAACAGCUCCAGAGAAAAGCACCAUGGCCUUACCCAGAGGGAUGUCCAGGACCAAAAGCUUCGGAACCCCUGAAGACGACAGGAUCUCAGCUCUGAUCAACGAGAGUCGGUUUCCGCGGAGCUCCUCGCUGACGGACAGCUUCAUCCCGCCCCCUCCCCAAACGGCUCCGCCCCCUCCCCCCUCUGCCUCCUCCACCUCCUCGCUCUUCCUCCUGGACUCCGGCCCGCCUCCCUCCUUCCUGCCCCCUCCACCCCCUGCACGGGGGGAGGGGUUGACCCGCUCCAGCUUCAAGCCGGGGGCGGAGCCUCGGCUGCAGGAGCUGUGCGACUCGCCGACGAGAAGCCACGCCCACGCCGAGCGGCAGAGGAAGGCCAGGUCCAUGAUCAUCCUGCAGGACACGCCGCCAACGCUGCAGACCGAAACACACGUGGCCGCCACCACACACACACUGCACACGGCCACACACACCGCCACCCACACACUGCACACCGCCACACACACCUCCACCCUGUCGCUCCACAGCACCAGCCCCGCCCUCGGGCACUCGCCGUUGUCACGGCGCCGGGGGCGACCAAUUGAGAAUCCGUACGCAAACGUGGGGCACCAGGCGGCGCCCAGCAAACCCCAGAGGAGGAAGUCGCCUUUGCUGAAGCAGCUUCCGGUUGAGGAGCAGGGUUUGGGAAUAAAAGAUCACGAAAUGUCAAAGCUGGAGGUGAGCGGACCCAGCAGCCCCAGCAGGGCCGAGCUGUACCAGCAGCAGGUUCUGUCUGAGCGCGCUCGAGUCCAGGGCCGCCGCUCCUCUCUCUUCCUGUCUGUGGAGGGGGCGGGGUCAGAAAACCAGACCACGCCCCUGCUGACUCAGAGCCACUCGAUGGACGACCUCGGCGAGCUUCCUCCUCCGGCCCCCGUCCUGUCGCCUUCACCGACGCCGCACACCUUCCUCCACCCGCUGACCGGGAAACCUUUAGACCCUUCGUCUCCUCUCGCCCUGGCUCUUGCUGCACGAGAACGAGCGCUCACCGCCCGGACUCCGAGCCCCGAACCUCGAACCAAACACGCGUCCGCUUCCACCACGCCCAUCCCCACUCCGGCCGCCAGCCCCGAGGGCCGGCACAAGCGCACCCCCAUCGCCACCCCGCAGAGCAGCCCGGAGCCGCGAUCCAAGCGCACCACUCCGCAGACCAGCCCGGAGCAGCGGACCAAACGCACCACUCCGCAGACCAGCCCCGAGCUGAGGCACAAGCGCAUCACCCCGCCCCUCUUCCCUGACGGACAGGUGGAGCGUCCAGAGACCGAGGGAGGGGUGACUUCACCCGCUGGCCCCUCCCCCGAGAGGUGGAGACCUUCGCCUUUACCGCCGCUAGCAAACGAGAGCCAUGCGGCCCUGAUCGACCGGCGCAGGAGCCUGACAGUGGGCAGCUCAGAGGAGGAGGGCGGGGCUUACACAGUGACACUCCCACCUGCUCUGCUGUCAUCCAGCGAUGAGGAGACGAGGGAGGAGUUACGCCGGAUCGGUCUCGUAACUCCUCCCCCUGCUUUUGCCAGUCCCACCGCCCCCCUGCCGCCCACCUCCCUCAGCCUGCUGCCGCGAGCGGGGGAGGGAGGGGGCGGAGACAGCGCCCCCGACUCGCUGGGCAGACGAGAGGAAGAGGAGGGAGGUGAAGACCGACUCCACGACAGCUCCUCCCCGAGCUCCCUCCCCCCGUCCAUCACCCUGGCCUCCCCCACCGCUCCAACCUCGCCCUCCUCUCCGCCCGCCCCUCCCCCCUCUCCCCCCUCUGCCGCCACCUCCCCCUCGGCCCUGAAGCCCCGCCUCCGCUCGCCCAUCGGUCGCGGCCGCUCGGCCCUGCGGGACCCGCUGCUGAAGCAGUCGUCGGACAGCGAGCUGCUCCCGUCGGCGUCGUCCUCGUCCUCCCCCUCCUCGCCGCUCUGCUCGUCCCCGACGGGCGGCGGCGGCCGGCAGCCGCGGUAUCUGUUCCAGAGGAGGUCCAAGCUGUGGGGCGGCGGGGAUGACGACCGGCGGGGUCUCAGCCCGGACGAGGGACGGCCAGCGGCGCUGGGGGGCCAGGGGUCCGGUUCCGCCGUGGACCUGACCAGCCGGUCGGCGUCGGCGCUGGAGCUGAGCGGGAGGGCGGGGUCUGGACUGGACCUGGCCAAUCGGCUGCAGCUGCUGAAUAAAGACAGUCACUCUCUGGGGGAGGAGCCGAGCCCCCUGGACCCUGGACGGAGGUCACCAGUAGGAGGCGCCAGGCUGUUCUCCAGUCUCGGGGAGCUCCACACCAUCUCCCAGCGGGGGUACGGCUCCAGCUACACCGUCCGGCCCGGCAGCCGCUACCCCGUCACCCGCCGGAGCCCCUCCCCCUCCCCCUCCCCGUCGGACCGCUCCAUGGCGAUGACCUCCUCCACCUCGCCCUGCUCCGAGAGGCCCGACCUCAGCUCGGGCCGCGGCCUGACCAUCCUCAAGUCCUCCAGCCUCAGCUUGCCCUCCGAGCCCAAGGAGGUGCGCUUCGUGAUGCGCAGCGCCAGCGCCCGGACCCGCUCGCGCUCGCCGUCGCCGUCCCCGCACGCCUCCCCCUGCCCGUCGCCCGUGCUCAGCGGGCCCCUGCUGGCCCUGCGGCCCUGGAGGCAGCGGCCCCUCAACCUGUGGAACAAGUACGACGUGGGGGACUGGCUGGAGAGCGUGGGCCCUGGCCGAGCACCGCCAGCGCUUCAGGAGCACGAGAUCGAGGGCUCGCACCUGCCCGCCCUCACCAAGGAGGACUACGUGGAGCUGGGCGUCACCAGGCUGGGCCACCGCAUCAACAUCGAGAGGGCGCUCCGCCAGCUGCUGGAGGGCUCCACUUGACCCCCCGCCUCCGACCCCUCGCCCCUAGACGCCCUGAACUGUGACCUCCAGACCUCCCGGCUCGGCUCCGACUCCAGGCCGGCACUCUGAGCACAGAAACCCCCGGUCCAGAUCUCUCAGACGUUCAUCAGCUCUUUGAUCCCAAGCUCCAGCGAACGUCCCCGUCAUCUUCAUCUUCAUCAUCAUCAUCAUCAUCAUCAUCAUCGUCAUCGUCAUCAUCAUCGUCAGUCAGGAGGAGGGAUGAAGGAGGAAGGCCACUGGAUCUGCCCCAGAGUUUCCUGUUUCAGCCCAAAAGCGCUGUCGACUAAAUGAGGCUCAUGAACCUAAAGUGUAAAGAAAACAUUUAGAAAUACUUAAAAAAUAUAUAUAUUUUUUUUUUUUUUCUCCAAGGAGCCAAAACGAUCAAAGAGCUGAUUGGACGGCGUUUUCACGGUCACAUUAAGUAAGACAUGAGGAGGAAGUUAGAAUAUAGUCUGAGAAAAUUUACCUGUAUUUUCAUUCUCAGCAUUUUAAAGUGAAUCAUCACACAAAUUUGACAUUUUCCUUUAUUACAUUUAAAUGUUUUUUUUUUCUUUUAAAUCUCCGUAACAUUUCAGCCGUGUUGAAAAUGUUGCAUCUUUCAUUCAUUUCAUUUUCAUUUCCAAAUUUUUUUGUCUUUAUUUUCAGGAAUUUGACAUCUUUUUUUCUAAUUUCAAUUUUCUUCCUGUUUUCUUAUUUUCAUUAUUGUUAUUAAUCCUCUAGCUUCACCGACAUCUUUCAGUAUUUAUCCUCAGUAAGCUGCGUCUCCGUCAUUCGGCCCUGGUUCUCAGUGUGUCGCCUGUAAUGAGCCGAGCCAGAGGAGGCUCCUCCUCAGGUUUUCCUCGCUGUGGCCUCCAAACGUUGCGCUGCUGUAAACCGGUGUGAUUCCCGCUCCGUUUCCCCCGACGAGCGUCAGCGGACGUCGGACGCUCGGCGAGCUCCAGGAGCCUCGGCGACAUCCGGGACAUUCCAGCCGAGGGACUUCCUCCUGUCUGGUGACUUCUUUUCCUCCAGAUAUCAGAAUUUGUGUUCACUCUUCAGUUUCUAAUCUUAACCUGCCGAUCAUUUAGGACUUUAUUAAUAACAAAGUAAUAAUAUAAUAAUAAUACCGUGGUGGUGAUGACUUACAGAGUUCGUAACUGUCUGGAAAAGAGUUGAUU